AUGGAAGGAACUUGGGACUUCAAAGAGGACAUGAGCCCGCUAACAUUUUUAAUUCAAGCAUCUAACUUACAAAACUAUGGUAAAAUAAUUCCUGUUGUGUGUUUAAAAGUCAAGAUUGUCACCAGCACAUACUGCUGGACGGCAAACAUGGAGCGAAACAUGAAGGCGCAGGCCCUGAGGGACAACUCGACCAUGGACUACAUGGCGGCCAAGAAGCACCUGGAGAUCAACCCUGAUCACUCCAUCAUCGAGACCCUGCGGCAGAAGGCGGAGACCCACAAGAACGACAAGUCCGUGAAGGAUCUGGUCAUCCUGCUGUACGAGACCGCACUCCUGUCCUCCGGGUUCAGCCUGGAGGACCUCCAGACCCACGCCAGCAGGAUCUACAGGAUGAUCAAGCUCGGCCUGGGUAUUGAUGAAGACGACCCCACUGCUGACGACACGAGUGCCACGGUCACUGAGGAGAUGCCCCCACUGGAGGGCGACGACGACACGUCACGCAUGGAAGAGGUGGACUGA